AUGGUGUUGGUCCGUAGGACCGUGAACGGAUUCGCCUCUGGCCUCUGGGCACGUCGGAACCGCAUGAGUUCACCGGGGUGGAGCACGUGCUGCGGGCACAUAGAGAUGUGGGUAGAGGAAGCCUCAAAAAGCGAAGGCCGAGCUGCAGGUCACGUGACCUGCACCGAGUUGGUGGCUGACUGGGCUUUUUCCUUGAUCAAAGCAGAUCAGCUCGCCUUCUUGUUAUCCAAAAGCCGGUCGAAUCGGGCGCCCCGGAACGUCGAAUGA